AUGCCGAGGAGCGUUUCUGUAAGACCACCAGCUAGAACUGACUUUGGCCGCGAGGUUGCCUGGAGCUGCAGCCGACGCAUACUGAGGACCCUCAACAACGAAUGUCACAUUUGUCUGCGCAAAUACGACAGGAAAAUCGAAAGGGAGAAGGCGGCAUUUGCAGCAUACCUGGACGAGCAAACAAUGCGAUACCUGGAGAGCUGGAUCUUGAUUAAGGUGAACGAGGAGCGAGACAAGAAUAAGACCCAACUCCUCAGCAAAAUGCGUAACCUAAAACAAGCACAAGCACCCGUGCGCGAACCGUCAGCCGUCCUCAACCUGUCAUCUAAACGGCUGCCAGACCACCAAAUUAAAAUGCUUCAACAUAAAUCCGGCUACAACACGGGAGACGCACAGCCAGUAGAUUUUAUCGCUGCACUUGAACUGGCCCUCUCAAAUACGGAUGCCGCAGAAGACACCAAGAACGCGAUUCGCCAGCGAGUCGCAUCCCUCAUCAUAUCCCAUAGGCCAUGCCGAACCGUCACCUCAGCGGAGUUCAAGGCCAUAAGGGAAAAAAAGAAUGACGAAGGAAUUAUCAUUGUUCCAGCGGACAAAGGUCGGGCAACCGUGGUCCUAGAGAAGUCAGAUUACGUGACGAAAGCCCGAGAGCCACUAAACGACAACCAGUCAUACAGUACCUGUGCUAACUCAUGA